AUGAAACAAAAGUGCUACAUCUGGGGGACAAGACUGAAGGAAGACAUAGAUGGCAAUACUAACGAGUAUGAGCACAUGUGCACUCUGAUUGCCCAAGAUGAAUACAUUUUGAUUAGAAUGCACCUUGCAUCCCUCCAGGCAAAAAGUGAUAUAGAAUCUCAGAUUGUAUCUGCCAUCUGCCUCAUCCUAAACCAGAAAAAUGAAAAGAGGUUUCAAGAACAAAUAUACUGUCUCCCCCCCGAUAUUGUGAGCAUGGCACUUUCGGAUCACCCAAGGGGGGAAUUCAUAUCCCCGAAAACGAAAAAGGAAUUCAGGGUGGAAGCCUACCCGAGUUUCAUUCCCUUCAUAGAUAGAAAAAAAUUAAGUUCGCAUCCAUAUGUAAGUUUUCGUUUGCUAAAUUUGUUAGUUCGCUUAUUUACUUAUAUGCCAAAUAAAAUAACACACUGUUGA